GAUAUCAAAUCUCCAACUGCCAACAUUGCUGCUGCCAACCAAACCCUUACAACUGUCUGCAUUCAAACGAGACCUCACAUAAUUCGUCGAAUUUCUUCAUCAUCCAGCGUCUUCGAUCACACCCGACACAAAAAAACAAUGGCAGACGCCGAGGCCGGCAGCGCGCCAGUCGCCCUCUUCAAGAAGCGAGGCGCAAAGGGCAAGGCGAACCUGCGCAAGCGACCAGCAACUCCUCCCCCGGCCGCCAGCGACAGCGACAGCGACUAUUUAUCCUCAGAAGACGAGGCCGGCCAGAGAGUCAAGCGGCGCAAGAAGACGGCCGUCGUCACCGCCGCGGCAAGGGGAGCCGCCCCCAGCAACCAGGACGGCGGCUCUGCGGUCUUUACGGCGGACAGAAGCGUGCCCAUUGCCGACAGCAACGACGCGACGAAGCAGAGCAACUGGUACGACGAAAACGCAAAGGACGCGCUGUCGGCGAAGAACCUCCUCGGCUCGGCUCGAGCUUCAAAAGACGACCAGCCUGAUGGCACAUACAAGGGACUGGCGAACCAGACUUCGUUUAUACAGAAGAACCCAGACGCUCCUCGGAAGACCGUUGGUCCCGUCAAGGCACCUACAAACAUCAGAACUGUCACGAUAACGGACUAUGCCCCUGAUACGUGCAAAGAUUACCGCAUCACCGGUUUUUGCGGAUACGGUGAUAAUUGUAAGUACGUACAUUCGAGAGAUGAUCUCAAGGCAGGAUGGCAAUUGGAUCAGGAGUGGGAAAAAGUCACCAAGGGCAAGAAGAACCUCGGAGGAACCGUGGUGGCCAGCGCCAACCGGAACAAAUCAAAAGCAGAAGACGAGGAUGAGGAUGACGAUGCGAUUCUUGAGAGCAUUCCGUUUGCCUGCAUCAUCUGCCAGGAAUCCUACAAGGAGCCAGUCAUCACAAGGUGUGGGCACUACUUUUGCCUGCCCUGCGCUCUUCAGAGAUACAGGAGAGAUCCAACAUGUGCGGCAUGCGGAUCAGGAACGAAUGGCGUGUUUAACUCGGCGACGAGACUGAAGAAGCUGUUGGAGAAGAAGCGGGAGAGGGCAGCAAAGAGGAGACAGGAAGCCAUUGAGAGAGGGCAAGAAGUGAGUGAUGAAGAGGAGGAGGAAGAAGAUGAAUGAACUGAACUGAACUGAACUGAACUGAAAUGAAAUAAACGAAUGGAUAAUGUUCAUUGGGUAUAUAUAAAGAAGGAUAUAAUGAGAGAGACCAAAAAUGGUACAUACUCUUUUUGCUGAUAGACACGGCUUGAUUCCUGCAUUGGAGCCGUUUCUCCAGAGCAAAGCCUACAUACAAUAAAUUCACUGCAUUAGCAC